CUUCUUUGUGCACCAACAGAGCACACAUUCUAUGUGUACAGCCUGUCAAUGCCGUUCGCAGGAAUAUACUUUUUCAAACACGAAGCAACGUUCAAUUAUCCAACGGUGACGUUCCUUUUCCCAAAAGCCAUGCCAAAAUUUAUAUCAAAUUUGUGGAACAUGCGGGAGAUGAUUUCUGCAAGCGUGGAAAGCAUAAAUUCGUAUGUGAUGAGUCAUUCAUCAUCAGAAAAUGACUACGGGAGUGAAUUGGAUGAGGUGACAAUAUCACCUGUUAAGAGAAAGAAAUAA